ACGAUAUGCACACACACAAGAAACACUCAUGGGAUUGUACGCAGACAGACAGACAGACAGAGAGGCAAUUGUAGAGUAGACACGUGAGCACCUGCUACCCUACCUAUACACACCCACCCACCCCACCCACCCACCCACGAGCACCAGCCCAGGCAAUGCGAUGGAUCAGAUCACUCGACACACAGAGAAGAGAAAGAACCAACGGGCGGAGGGGCAACGGACGUUUGUUUUUUGGGAGGCAGGAGACAGACACCGUAUGCAGGUCUCGACAGCCCUCUCACCGACGUACCGCACCCUCCGAUACACUACACACACUCACAGAUACAUACCCACACACAAGCACACAAGUGAUGGAUGCUAUUUAUUGUCUCAAUUCAUGUACUCACCCCCACUAACCCCCCGAGCGCCCACGCAUUUCCAGUUCGUUCGUUUCAUGCCCCCCUCCACCGCACCGCACCGCACAAACAAAACAAACAGGCGUGUGGUGUGAAUGGCAAUGCAAUCUCGCAAGCAAAACAACCGACGCAAAAACGAUACCUCGAGUACGAUAAAUCUAUCUAGAUAAGGUAACGUAACACAUGAAGCUACAGACAGAUGGGGACGGUGGGCCGUGUCUACACAGGUGAGGGAAGCUGCUGCAAACGUCUCGGUGUGCGCCGGUGGGUCAGUCAGUCAACCGGCCGGCCGGCCAGCCAGCCACACGGAGGGAGCCACGCUCAUACAGUCUCACCUUCAUCCACCGCAUGCUACCGCACCGUCGCACACCGCGGCGUCACACACGUGACUGCGUCAGCCAACAACUAUCAAAAACGUCACAAUACAUACAUCCCGUCAGGUUUCCCUCUCUUCCCCCCCGGUGAGGUGAGUCAGUAUCUAGGGUAGGUGUUCCGCUGCCCCCGCCCCCGACGCCUCCCUCCUGCUGCGUCUCCUCCCCUCCCUCUCCCUCUUCCGCCCACCCGGGCUGCCCUCAUCCUCCUCAUCCUCAGCUUCUUCCCCCUCCGUCUUGCUCAGCGUCUGGGCCGUGUCCGCCGGUUCUGGGGCGGGCGGCGGGCCCAGCUCGAACCCCGCACCUUGCGCAGCGAGGUUGGCGCCAGUGGGGGCCUCUCCACCGGGCGGCGGCGGCAGGGCUGCCAUACUUUGGAUCGGUGUGAAGGCAGAGGUGGGGAGGUCGCGGAUCUGCAGCAUGGUGAACUUCUUGAAGCCGUUCUUGGCCGAGUAGAUGUCGAUGCGACGAGACCCGAAGCGUAGCAGGCCGAGCCAUCCCGUCUGCACGAACUGAGGACAUACGGACGGACAGAGAGGGGGUGGAGUAAGCGUGUGUGCGUGCAAUGCAGCAUGUGGUUGGUGGUGUUGUGUUGUGUUGGCUUACUGUGGCUUUGGAGUCGAUGGCGACUUUCUCGACUUUUUUCGUUUUGUCGUGGAAGAGAGCCACUGACUCCUGCAGCCGCCCGUCGGUGCCGUAGUCAUCGUCAUCGUACCAGUAGCUCUUGAAGUUCUUGGCCGCAUCUGACCACACACGCAGACAGACAAGCCUAUGGCGCUCUUUGUCUGUGUGUGUGUGUGUGGGACUGUGCCUGGCUGUGCGUGUCAGUUGUUGAUUGACGUACGCGAGAAGAAUCCGUCCCAGUCCAGUGGCCGCACCAGGUUCUUGAUUUUGACUUUCUGGCCGCUCUCCUUUUCCCACUCGCCCGUCAGAUCCCACCGGUCAAUACCUGCACGCGCACACAUGAAUCCAUCCCUCCACCCAUCAUGCGCUGUCGUCGACCGACCGGCAGACUGAUUGGCUGACCGUACGUACCGUAUGUGACGCCAUGUUUCUUGUAGAGUGAUGUGGUGAGCUGUGGCGUCCUGAGGAGCAUGCCGCGGCCCUUGCCGUUCAGGUAACCCUCGGCAUACUGCAUGAUCGCUACACCGUCAUACAUACCACCAAACAGGACAACAAAGGGGUCCGAUCAUCGAUGGGAGUGGAAGGCAAGGCGCCAGGAAGCCCACCCUGCUUAGCUUACUGGUCAUGUUGUCGCGCACAUCGAUGAGGAUCUUGUUGCACACGUUCAACUGACACACACGCACACACCGAUCUGUCUCUGUCUGUCUGUCUGCCAGCCCAACCACGCCACGCCACGCACCGAGAAGGAUGUGAUUCCGACGACAGCGAACACGGCGCCCAGGAUGUACUUGGUGCUGAGGAGCGUGUCGGUGUGAUCGACUCGGAUGAUGAAGGGCUGAUUGUUGACGGGCGAGAGUGUGGCCACGCGGCCCCCCACACCGAUUGACGUCUUGGUGAACAUCUGCCAGUAACCGCUGAUGUCAUACGCUGGCCGCACAACACACCACACACAACAGACAGACAGACAGGAGCAGAGCAUGGUCUAAAGGUCAACGAACUGAAUUGUCGUGACCAUCUAUCUCAUCUGCUUACUGCAUGCGACGUAAGGGUUGCCCGUCAGAGUGAGGCCGGUGGCCACGUCGACGGCACAGGUGCAGGCAGGCACGCCGGCCUCGUACAUGAUGCAGUUGGCAUUCACCCCACACAUCGUGUUCUCCGCUACCUCCGCUGAACAUACUGCACGUACCAAUUGUCGACACACAGACAAGCAGCACGCAUCAUUGCCCCUCUUGUUGCCCCCCCUUGUGUGUGUCUGCCCUCCUGCUCACUUGGGUAGGUCACCGGCAUGCCGAGGGCGACCCCAAUGAUAAUGGUCAGCAGGAGGACCACCAGCAGCACGCGGAUCUCAAGCGGGAUAGAGGACGCCUUCAUGAUGUUGCGUAUAGUGCGAAACCGUCGAGCGAUGGUCAGGUUCAGCCAGCAGAUUCAAAAAAUGCAACAACGAAAACUGCCACUCUUUCGCUGAGGGCCCUCCACUUUCUCAGCGCGCCGGUCUCUCUGGCGGCGUGCGGUCAGUCCCUCAUCAGUGUGGAUGCCGUCUGUACGCUCCCCUUCACACACAAUCCGCCGAAACAGCC